AUGUUUAUCGGAAAAUAUCAACCAGGCGUGGUAAGUGACGUCUCCCCUACAGGAAGAACUUGGGCUAGAGUUGCGGUUGCCUCGCCUGCUGGUACAGUCGUACAUCAAGACACGGUAUUAUUCUGGAUGCCUUCAGUAGCUGGUGAUCCUGACAAUUAUACGACAUCUGACAAUACGUUCCCACCGGAGGCUGCUGUUCUCCGUGGUCUCUCAUUGUUAAAUCUCCCUGUAGAUGCGCUUUCUCACCUAGAGCCACCGGGCGUAAAUUUUUACGACAGCUUUACCAGGAAUGCUCUACGCCACCCAUCACUUGUUGCAAACAAUAGCGGAUUUGUCGUGCCUACCCAUGGUAUUCCUUUCGCUCAUAGUUGCUAUCCCAACGCUAUCUGUUCCGCUAAUCUUUUCGAGAGAAAAAUCGAGGUCCGGCUUACCAGGCCUCUCGCACAAUUUGAAGCAAUCACCCUUUCAUAUUGCCCUUUGAAUGUGGGAAAAGAUGGCAGAGAAUCUUACUUGAAACAGUUUCAUGGGAUUGGCCAUCAUGAGUGUCCUAUGGGAUGUGGUAGUGGUCGGUUAUCUUUCGUUGGAAUUCUCGGCGACCGAAGAAGAGAAGAAUUCUUCCAGAUUUCUGGUGAGAUAGACACGAUACUAAAUACUGCCGAAUUUGAGAUUCGAGUUCAUUCAGCAUUUCGAUUGGCCAGAGAGCAACACCUCGAAGCUUACCUGUGGCCAUUCUUAUCAAAGGCUGAGUUGCUGGCUCGCAAACAUAAUUUCUCUUGUCGCGCAGGUGUUUAUAGAAUUUUAAUCACAGUCAUGGAAACUCAAGGAGGUAUCAAUCACCCCUCAGUUCAAUUUGCGAAAAUGUUCGAGCAUAAUACCUUGACCUUGAAAGAAAACGAGAGGGUGGAUGGGGAUGUAAACACUUAG